CAGAUGCUGCAAGUAUUAUGAACAGAAUUAUUUGGAUUAUGUAUUUCUCAGCUAGACUAAGUAAGUGUUGACGAUGGAUAAUUGCAAACACAUUGGGCAGUUGCAGCUUGCUCAAGACCAUUCUAUCCUCAACCCUCAGAAAUGGCAUUGUGUAGACUGCAAUACAACUGAGUCCACUUGGGCUUGCCUUAGCUGUUCCCAUGUUGCCUGUGGACGAUAUAUCGAAGAACAUGCACUCAAGCACUUUCAGGAAAGCAGCCAUCCUAUUGCAUUUGAGGUGAAUGAAAUGUAUGUUUUCUGUUACCUUUGUGAUGAUUAUGUGCUUAAUGAUAAUGCAGCUGGAGACCUGAAGUUACUACGAAGUACCUUAAGUGCCAUCAAAAGUCAGAAUUAUCACUGUACCACUCGUAGUGGAAGAGUUUUACGGUCUAUGGGCACAAGUGAUGAUUCUUACUUUGUACAUGAUGGCACCCAGACUCUGCUGCAGAAUGAAGAUCAAAUGUAUACUGCUCUUUGGCACAGGAGAAGGAUACUGAUGGGUAAAAUCUUCCGAAUGUGGUUUGAACAAGGAAGAAAAAGGCAAGAAGAGCAACUUACAGAGAAAAUAAUAGUCAGAAGGGAAGUGAAGAAAAGAAGGCAAGAAUCGGAGUGUCAGAAUAAAGCUGAAUUAGAAAGUGUGCCUCCAAGAAAGAGUUUACGUUUGCAAGGUCUAACUCAGUCCACCACAAUUGAAAUAAUUCCUAUUCAAGUGCUACAACAAAGCUCAGCAUCACCAGCAAAAAACAUUGUAUCUACCUCAGCAGAUAUAAGAUUAAACAGUGCCACCGACUCAUCGGUAAAACGAAGCCCAGUAGUAACUCCUGGUGUAACCGGAUUGAGAAAUCUAGGAAAUACUUGUUACAUGAAUUCUGUUCUUCAAGUGUUAAGUCAUUUACUUAUUUUUCGGCAAUGUUUUCUAAAACUCGAUCUGAACCGAUGGCUAGCUAUGACAGCUAGUGAGAAGACGAGAACUUCUUACAAGCACCCACAGAUCACAGAUGCAGUAUAUCAAGCAGAUGAAUACCAAGAUACCAGCUCUGUGCACUCCAGACAUCCGAGUCUAUCAUUAGGACUGAGUGGUGGAGCAUCAAAGAGUAGAAAGAUGGAACUUAUUCAGCCAAGGGAGCCAAGUUCUCAGUACAUUUCUCUCUGUCAUGAAUUGCAUACUUUGUUCCAAGUCAUGUGGUCUGGAAAAUGGGCCUUGGUCUCACCAUUUGCUAUGCUGCACUCAGUAUGGAGACUAAUUCCUGCAUUUCGUGGUUAUGCCCAGCAAGAUGCUCAGGAAUUUCUUUGUGAACUUUUAGAUAAAAUACAACAUGAACUAGAGACAACGGGUACCAAAUUACCAGCUCUUAUCCCCACUUCUCAAAGAAAAAUGAUCAAACAGGUUCUGAAUGUUGUGAAUAAUAUUUUUCAUGGACAACUUCUUAGUCAGGUUACAUGUCUUGCAUGUGACAACAAAUCAAAUACUAUAGAACCUUUCUGGGACUUGUCAUUGGAGUUUCCAGAAAGGUAUCAAUGCAGUGGAAAAGAUGUUGCUUCUCAGCCAUGUCUAGUUACUGAAAUGCUGGCCAAAUUCACAGAAACCGAAGCUUUAGAAGGAAAAGUCUACGUAUGUGACGAGUGUAACUUAAAGCGUAGAAGAUUUUCUUCAAAAUCAGUUGUACUCACAGAAGCCCAAAAGCAGCUUAUGAUAUGCCACCUACCUCAGGUUCUCAGACUACAUCUCAAACGGUUCAGGUGGUCAGGACGUAAUAACCGAGAGAAGAUUGGUGUUCAUGUUGGCUUUGAAGAAAUCUUAAAUAUGGAGCCCUAUUGCUGUCGGGAGUCUCUGAAAUCCCUCAGACCAGAAUGCUUUCUCUAUGACUUGUCUGCAGUAGUAAUGCAUCAUGGGAAAGGAUUUGGCUCAGGACACUACACUGCCUACUGUUAUAAUUCUGAAGGAGGGUUCUGGGUACACUGCAAUGAUUCCAAGCUAAGCAUGUGCACUAUGGAUGAAGUAUGCAAGGCCCAAGCCUAUAUCUUGUUUUAUACGCAGCGAGUUACUGAGAAUGGAUAUUCUAAACUCUUGCCUCCAGAACUGCUCUCUGCUAGCCAGCCUUUCGUUGAAGAAGCUGAUACCUCUCCUAAUGAAAUUCUUAGCUGACCCAAAGAUAGUGGGGCUUUCUUGUGAUUUGUAUAUAUAUUUUUUAAAAGGGGUGACUUAAAAUUUGGGGCUGCAUUGUUUUUUACUUCGGAAUCAGUGCGCACUGUUUGUAUAUUUUAUAUCUAAUCACAGCAAAAUUUUUUAAAUAGACUUAGCAUAAAUUCAUGUAUAUCAACAGCAGACUUCUUUUUCAAAUACCUGGGAGUUUAAUUUUUUAGCCUUUACCUCAGACUGAUAUUUCCUCUUUUAUAUUUUGAUGUCUUAACUGGCUCAGAUCAUGAAUUUGUGCAAUCUUAUACUGAUGUCUCAAUGUCACAUUUUAUAUAUUUCUUACCUUUUGUACCAAUUUUCUAUAUAAAUGCUUGAUAGAAAAUUACUUUC